AUGAGCCACAAUCAGCAACCACUUCCUUUUGAAUCCGAGAGGGUGCUGACGGAUGGCCAACAACAUGAAAUUCCCUAUUUACCUUUCAAACCACAACAGCAAGAAACUCAGAGUGGAACUCUCACAUCUCCUCCUAUUGUAUCACCUUCAUUGAUUCGUAUUCCGUCCUCUUCCAUUGAGAAUGAUCCUUCUCAAACCAUCAUGAUUGAUUCGAAUCAUCAAAAAGAGAAUGUUGUGGUUGGAAAUACUAAUAAUAACAAUACUCAUUUACAAUCAACAACUAAUACUUCUUCAACAUCAAUCAUUGAAAAUCAUCAUGAAUUGGAAGAUCAUAACCACUCCGAUGCUGCUGCUGUUACCACUGUACAAACACCACCCUCAGAUGCUGUUCAACAUGGUAAAAAUGAAAAUGGUGCUGGAGGAGGAGGUGCUGGUGGUCAUGUUGAUGACGACCAUGACGAUGAAAAGUAUAAACUCUCCAUCAAUGAUUGGGAUUCCAAUAGUAAGGAAACAAAGAAAUGGUUUUUGGGAAUUAAGAGACCACGAUUUCCAUCGAAUUAUAUCAGUACGACCAAGUACACUUGGUGGAACUUUUUAAUCCUCAAUCCAUUAUUUCAAAUGAAAAAAAUUGGUAACAUUUACUUUAUCAUUGUCAUGAUCUUUGCAUUGGUUCCAGGUGUCAGUCCAACGAAUCCAGUCACAAGUGUUCUCCCAGUGAUAUUUAUUUUAGGUGUGAAUAUGGUCAGAGAAGGAGGUGAAGAUUUUCUGCGUUAUUUGAGUGAUCGAAAAGUGAACAAAAUGAGUGCGUACGUGUUGAAAGACAAUGAAUUCAAGAGAGUAGAUACGUGUGAUGUUCGUGUGGGUGAUAUUGUCAAAGUCUCUGAAGAUUAUGCCUUUCCAGCAGAUAUAUUAUUAAUUACAUCGAAUUUAGAAGAUGGAAGUUGUAAUAUUGAAACUGCAAAUUUGGAUGGUGAAACAAAUUUGAAAACUAGAAAUUGUCCAAAAGGUCUUCAUACGUUUAACACUCCAGACAAACUCUCUUCAAUGAAAGGAAUUAUUGAUUGCCAACCUCCUAAUGAAGAACUUUACAAAUUCAAAGGUUCUAUCAAAGUAGAAGGAAUGGGACCAGAAAUUCCACUCUCUCAUGCCAACUUGUUAUUGAAAGGAUCUAUUUUAAGAGCCACUCAAUACAUUUAUGGAAUUGUCAUUUAUACUGGUCCUGAUACCAAGAUUAUGAAAAAUAUGCAAAAGGCCAAAGUCAAGUUCAGUUUUGUGAACAAGAUGUUGAAUUACUUUAUUGGAGCUUUAUUCGUUUUGCAAAUUAUUUUCUGUUUGAUUUUUGUUGGAUUGGGAGGUUAUGAAGAAUUUGUCAAUGCUCGUCGUUAUGCCUACACUGGAAAGCCAAAAAUUCAAUCCACCGAUGCUGGCUAUAUUGUGCUCUCCAUUUUAACCUAUUUCAUUUUAUUGAAUUUGUUGAUUCCAGUUUCAUUGUUUGUUUCUUUGGAAUUUGUGAAAAUGAUUCAAGCAUGGUUCAUUACAAUGGACAAUCAAAUGGCCAUCUAUGAUACUCAUCCACAUGAUCCUGAUAAGAAGGUAUUCAUGAAUUCAGUUUCCAUUUCGAGUGAUUUGAAUGCAGAUUUAUCUCAAAUUGAUAUCAUCUUUUCAGACAAGACUGGAACAUUGACUGAGAACUCGAUGGUAUUCAACAAGUGUUGUAUUGGUAAUGAUUAUGUUCAUGAUGAUUAUCAAACCAAGGGUCAUAUUGGUCGAGUAUUGAAUCAAUUGAAAGAUUAUCAUUUGAUGAAAAAACAUGGAGUAUUAGUCAUGCAACAACAACAACAACAGGGUAUGAACCAUACUAUGAAUAAUAAUAAUACUACUACUACUACAAUGAAUAAUAAUAAUACUACGACUACCACUUCUACUACGAUGGACCAUACUACUACAAUGAACCAUGGUAUCAAUAAUAAUGGAAAUACUGGUAUCCAUUCUACCAAUCAAGAUAUUAUCUUUCAUUUACCUCAAUCUGAAAUUGAUUCUCUCAUUUCCGAUCGAAAAUUGUCCAUCUCUUCUGAGAAUGAAUUCUUUCUGGGAAUGAACACAUUCUUACUAUUGUCCUUGUGUCAUAAUGUGGCUGUACGUGAGAAACCAUUGCAUGGUAGUACCGAUUCAAACACAGGUGCUUGUACAAGAAAAUUCUUUGAAGGUGAAAGUGUGGAUGAAGUGGCAUUGGUAUUGGGUGCUGUGAAUAAUGAUUUUAUACUCAAAUCCUUCUCUGAGAAGAGAACCAUCGUUUCCGUAUUUGAUAAGGAAUAUAGUUUUGAGAGAUUGAGUGAAAUUCCAUUCACUCCUGAUCGUAAACGAAUGUCCACCUUCUUUAAAAUUCCACAAGACUUUUUGAAUGAUUUUCCAGUCUUUAAAAAGAUUGCCAAACAACAAUUCAAUGUAUCCGAUGUCAAUGACCCAGAAGGAAUUAUUGUUUGUUAUACCAAAGGUGCUGAUAGUUUUCUCUUUCCAUUCAUUGAUCCAUCCAAUUCUAAACUUUUAAAACCCAAAUUAGAUGAACAUAUUUUAGAUUUUGCAAAGGAUGGACUUCGAACCUUAUUAUUGGCUUACAAAUUUAUUUCUCAUCAUGAAUUUAGUGAAUGGAUCACUCGAUACAAUGCUGCAAAAUCACUCCUUACCAAAACAAGAGAACAAGCCAUCGAGCAAGCUGAAAAAGACAUUGAGAAAAAUCUCUUCAUUACAGGUGCUUCAGGUAUUGAAGAUAAGCUUCAACCCAAAGUUCCAGAAACCAUUCGAUUUUUCUUACAAGCAGGAUUACAAUUAUGGUUAUUAACAGGAGAUAAGAGAGAAACUGCUGUGAAUAUUGCAACCAUGUCCAGUUUUUUAGAUGAAGAUUCACAACUCUUUACUUUGGAUGGAGAUCCAGAGUCAAGAAUUCCAGAUUCCGAUCGUUAUAUCAAAGUUGUGAGUGAUCAAGCAAGUGCAAAGGGAAUUGAAAGUUAUUUACAAGCCAUUGCUCAAUUGGAUUCUUUCAAAGCCAAACAUGUUGCCUUGGUCAUUGAUGGACAUGCAUUCACUCAUUGUAUGGAACCACUCUCUCAGAAAUUCUUUAUCAAACUCAUUAAGAAGUGUAAGACUGUGAUUUGUUGUCGAGCAACUCCAAAACAAAAGUCCAUGCUCGUAGAAUUGGCAAAGAAGAAGUUGGGAAAGAAUGGUUUAGCUAUUGGAGAUGGUGCUAAUGAUGUACCAAUGAUUCAAAAAGCCAAAGUAGGAGUCGGUGUCAUGGGUAAAGAAGGUUCUCAAGCCAAGUUAGCCUCUGAUUAUGCCAUUCCGAAAUUCUACAUGUUGAAACGUUUACUUGUAGCACAUGGACGAUAUUCAUUCAAACGUUCUGCUCAAUUCAUUCAAUACUCUUUCUAUAAGAAUAUUGUCAUUACCUUUGUUCAAAUUUACUUUACAUUCUAUACCAUGUAUUCUGGACAAACCAUUAUUGACUCUUAUGUAUUAACAUUUUAUAAUUUACUAUUUACAUUAUUGAAUCCAUUUGUCUUUGGUUUAAUGGAAAAGGACAUUCAUGAAGAAUAUUUAGAAGAUGCAGAAAUUGGACCUGUUCUCUAUUCUAAUUUGAGAAUUGAAAAUAUUUUCAAUUGGUAUACUUUUAUCAAAUGGAUUCUUGGAGCAGUCAUUCACGCCACUAUUAUUUUCUUCUUUGCAUUGUAUGCAAGACAAUCGAAUAUUUUAACCAAUGGACAAGAAGAUGGUAUUUGGGUCAUGUCCAUUCUCGUUACAUCCUCUGUGUUUUGUGUCGUGAAUUUGAAAUGUUAUUUUGAAAUGGAACAUUUCACCAUUGUGCAUCAUUUAUGCAUGGCAUUCUCAUUUUUGACUUUUUAUGGAUUUAAUUUCAGUUAUUCUGGAAUUCCAAUGGUCAUCUCAACAUCCAACAUGUAUUAUGUUUGGUAUAUGGCUGUACAAUCAGCCAAGUUUUGGAUUAUUCACAUUUUGUGUGUGAUCACACCCCUUGCCUUUGAUUUAUUAUUUUAUGGAAUGAAAUAUUUGGUCUAUCCUGAUUAUUAUCAACGAUUGAAAAUGACGACGGAUCGAAAGACAUUUUUCAAGAAUCGGGGUACGAAUAAGGAACAAGGAACAAGUGCUAAUAAGAAUCAAGAGGAAGGUCAACCUUUGGACUUGUCCAACACUCGUAACUCUUCAAAAGCAACCAACAAUACUCAGACAGAAUUACAAAGUAUUGGUCAUAAUAGUUUUUGA